AUGUCACCACUAUCUAAAACUUUUGGCUCACAAACUUUGGUAGAUACAACAUCACAAACUACUAAAAAUGCUACAUCGUCUUCUCAAAUAUUCACCAAAGAAACAGUACCAUCAAUUCUCGAAAUAAAAAAACAGAUUCCUUCACAAUGUUUUUCUCCAUCAAUAUUAAAAUCACUUCAAUAUGUAAUUUUAGAUUUAUCAAUAAUAGCCGUAUUGUUCUUUUUAUUUUUUUUCAUUGAUAAAACAACCUUGAUCCCUGAAAUCGUCAAAGAUUUAUUAAUUCUUCCAAUCUACUCGUUUGCCCAAGGAACAAUGUUCUGGGCAAUAUUUGUAUUGGGACAUGAUUGUGGGCAUGGAAGUUUCAGCCGUUAUCCUUUGUUUAAUGAUAUAAUUGGUACUUUUCUACAUCUUUUAAUUCUUGUUCCAUAUACUCCUUGGAAGUUAAGUCAUCGUCACCAUCAUAAAAAUACUGUCAAUUUACACUGCAACAAAAACGGUACACCUGAUCUUAGUUUGAAGCUUACAGCAACUGGGUUUGAAUCUUCUCAAUCUGUUACUAAAAGAAACUUGGAACCAAUUGAAUCCAUUUGUGAACAGGUAUCAAAUUUACUUGACAAAGUCAAAUCGAUUGAUCAUAAGCUUGAGGAUGUAUCUAAUGAAAUAGUUGACUACAUUAACAAUAAAUCAUUGAAAGAAAAUGACAAUAUUCGUGUUCUAGAAGAAAUAGUUCAACAAUUGAUUUAUAGAGUGGAUGAAGAUUAUUUCGAUUUUUAUGGUAAACUAAUCAAACAUGUUGUUUUGAAUAUUAAUCCAAAAAUAAGUUAUAAUGUGAGCAGAUCACUGUCAUGCAAAGAAGGAGGAAAAGGAGUGGCGGGAGAGGAAGAAUAUUGUAAAGGUGAUAGACUAUUCAAGAAAAUAUUAUUUGAGAGGUUGGAAAAAGAACUUGAAGAUGGCAUGAACCUAGAUCCAAUUUUAUUAUCAAACGAAUUUUGUAACAAUGAAGGUAGGAAUUGUGAAUGUAAUCAAGAGGAAUUGAUGAAAAAUAAAAAGUUCCUAUAUUUGUUGAGCAAGGAAAAAAAUCAUUAUAUUGGACUCGUUUAUAUGAUGUGUGAAUCUUUGAAAUUAAAUAUUAAUGGUGGGUGCAUUUGUGUAAUCAUGUAUAAUGUUGGAAAAUUGUUAUGUUCUGAUGAAUUAUAUAAUCCUAUUAUGGAGCAUUUCUUUUUAGAAUUGUAUUUUUUGAAUAAAUGGAAUGAAUUGAAUACUGAAAUCAAAGAGAUUAUAGAUGAAAUGGUUGAGUAUAAUUGGUCAAGAGACUCCAAAAUUAGAGCUAAAUUAUUGAAAUCUAAACGUGCUAGAAUAAUCAAUUUCAGUUUAGCAGUUUCUGUUGUUCCUGAAGGCUUAGUUGCUGUUACAACAGUUACAAUGGCCAUAGGUGUUAUACGUAUGGCUGCUAGAUGCGCAAUUGUGAGAACAUUACCUGCUGUUGAGACACUGGGUAGUGUUACUGUUAUUUGUUCCGAUAAAACCGGUACUUUAACUGAAGGAAAAAUGGGACCAUGUGAAUUAUGGACUGCUGAUAAUUCCAUUUAUUCAUUCACCGAACCAACAUCACUAGAUCCGAACAAAGGUGGAAUUAUAUUUCAUUCAUUGGAGUGUCGGAUUGGUGAUCCAACUGAAGUAACACAAAAAGGCGGAUUUUCAAAAAGUUAUUGGGAGAAUAAUCAUAACUUUCUAAAAGUUCAUGAGAAACCAUUUGACAGUGAAAGAAAAUUGAUGAGUGUAGUAUAUAAGAUAAAUAAAGACUCUUCUUCCUCAUCACCAUCACAAAAAAAAGAAGAAAAUAAAAAUAAAUUUUUAGUAUUGGCUAAAGGUGCACCAGAAGAACUUUUACGAAAAUGUACACACUAUAUGGCUGAAAUUAAAUCUUCAAAUAAUAAUAAUGCAGAAAUUUUUGAUGCGAUUUCUGAAGAUAAUUAUAGUUCACCAUUAACUGAAGAAUUUGUCGAUCUUAUUUCUGAUCAAAGUUCAAGAAUGGCUUCAAAAGAAGGAAAAGAUGAAGAAAACAAUUUAAUAUUUAUUGGUCUUAUAGGAUUGAUUGAUCCACCAAAAAAAGCAGUUAAGGAAUCAAUAAGAAUAUGUAAAUUGGCUGGUAUAAAAGUUAUAAUGAUAACUGAACUUGACCUUUUAUCAGAUGAAGCAAUUUCAGAAUUAAAUCCAUUUCCAACUGUUUUUGCUCGUGUAAGUCCAGAUAAUAAAUUAAAAAUUGUUAAAGCAUUACAAAAUCUAAAAAAUAUAGUAGCAAUGACAGGAGAUGGUGUUAAUGAUGCACCAGCAAUAAAAGCAGCAGAUGUAGGAGUAGCAAUGGGAUUGAGUGGGACAGAAAUAACAAAACAAGCAGCAGAUAUUAUAUUAUCAAAUGAUGAUUUUUCAACCAUAGUUGCGGCAGUUGAAGAAGGAAGACGUGUUUUUGAUAAUAUUUUGAAAUUUAUUGUGUAUUUAUUAAGCUGUAAUUCUGCUGAAAUUAUAAUAAUGUUAAUUUGUGCUGUGAUUAAUCUUGAUCUACCUUUCACCACUAUUAUGAUUUUGUGGGCUAAUAUCAUUGUUGAACCAGUAGAAAAAGAUAUAAUGAAACGUAAACCAAGAAAUCCAAAUGCCGGGGUUUUAGAUUUAUAUGCAACAACUAUACUAAUAACCCAAUCAUUUGUAAUGGCAUUACUAUCAUUUGGUGUAUUCAUAAUAGCUUUGUCCCCAAUAGAACAUAUCGAAUUAGCUGAUGCUAGAUCUUUAGCUUUUGCCACUUUAACUUCUAUGCAAUUAAUACAAGGUUUUUUUUCUAGAACUUUAUAUGAAAGUGUUUUUAAAACUGGAUUCUUUACUAAUAAGUGGAUGAUUGUUAGUGUGGUUGGAUCUUUUAUAGCAUUAUUACUUGGUAUUUAUGUUCCAGGAUUAAGAGAAUGGUUGGAUUUAACACCUGUGCCAGCAUUUGGUUGGGCAAAAAUCGCAAUAUGUGUUAUUAUUCAAUUGAUAAUCAGUGAACUUGGUAAAUUUAUUGGUAGAAUGUAUAGAGAUAAAAAAAAAUAG